AUGGCUUCUAAUUCACAAGCAAGCUCUCAAGUGAAAGAAAAAGGGAAAGGAAACUGUUUCACUUGGACUCCCGAGAUGGAUAAGAUUCUUGGGAUAUGUUUUAUAGAUCAAAUGGCUCAAGGAAACAAAUGUGACGGGAAAUUGGCUUGGAAGUUCUCCUCGUGGACAUCAGCUAUAAAUGCACUUUAUGUUCAUCUAAAAGUUAAUGUAGACAAGAGCAAAGUCCAAUCUCGUUUGAAGACAUGGGCGAAGCACCAUGAGAUCUUGUAUCCGUUAUUGGUCUCCAGCAAUUCCGGCUCUCCAAUCACAUGGGACUAUGUGAGGGGCAGAAUUGCAAUCCACGAUGAAAAUGCCAAUCCCCAACUUGCUCCUUGUAGGAGCAAAAUUGUGAUUGAAAAUUGGGAUGAUAUUUGUGCAAUUUUCUCGCAAGACCGUGCCGAUGGCCAAGGGGCAGCAACUUUUGAGGAGAAUAAUGCUGAGACAGAGGUCAACUCUUUCAACAUAGGAGAUCCAUUUGAAGAGAUUCAUAAUCAAUUUGAAGCUAUGAGACUUUUGUUGGCCCGGCAAAAGCGAAAGGAAGGCACAUCUUCUGCUUGUUCUCAAGGCUCGAGAAAAAAACCAACAUCAACGCAAGCUCCUGAUUAUAUGACGCAAAUGGCUACUGAGUUUAGUGACUACAUGUUGGGGGAAUGA